AUGUUAUCUGGACAACAGGCUAUAGACAAGAACCGACCAACCGGACAACACAACCUAGUGGAUUGGGCAAAACCAUAUCUCACCAACAAAUGUAGAUUUCUUCAUGUCUUGAAGGCCAGUACUCUCUUAGUUUGGACCCCAAAGGCGGCCAACCUUGCACUCCAAUGUCUUGCUAUAGACUCCAAGUAUAGGCCAAACAUGGAUGAAGUGGUAACAGCACUAGAGCAGCUCCAGGAUUCAAAGGACAUUCCGAAAGGUGCUCAUAAUGAGACGUGCAAAUCCAGCAGAAGUAGCGCUGCGAAUAGUUCUAAAAGUCACUACUCUUAUCCUUGGCCAUCUAAUUCUCUGCUCCGCUUUUCGCUUAGGAGGGGGCACUUUUUUUAG